AUGUCGAAUAUAAUCUUGUUCCCGCGCUAUUUAGUGCCAUUUUUCACAUUUUUGUCAAAAAUUGGCGGCAAAUCCCUUUUUCCUAACCGAAAUCCUUCCACAACCGCAUUUUCAUCUUGUCUUUCAUAUUGUAAGUACCGAAAUUUCUCAACCACCAUGCCUUCUGUUUCCUCAGAGAAGCUUAAAUACACCAAAGUAUUGCCAGAUGCAUUUCCACCAACCAAAGGCUCUCUCAAAGCAGCCGGCUACGAUCUUAAAAGUGCUGUAGACAUAAAUGUUAAAGCAAGGGGCAAAGCCCUAGUGGAUACAGGACUUCGUGUCGAACUACCUGAAGGCUGUUAUGGUCGUAUUGCACCCAGAUCGGGCUUGGCUGUGAAAAAUUUCAUUGAUGUUGGAGCUGGAGUAGUAGAUGAGGACUACAGAGGUGUACUAAAAGUGGUUUUAUUCAAUCAUUCUGAUGAAGAUUUCGAAGUGAAGAAAGGAGACAGGAUUGCUCAGCUUAUUUGUGAGAAGAUCUACUAUCCUGAACUAGAAGAAGUCCAGGAAUUAACUAAUACAGAACGUGGAGCAGGAGGAUUUGGUUCUACUGGAACUAAUUAG